AUGGCAGCAUACUAUAUUGCUAAUUCAAAAAUGGAAUUACCAUAUUAUAGUAUUUUGAGAAGUGAAGAAUAUGUUCAAAAUAUAUUAAAAUAUGCUAAUUUAUUUCAAGAAGAUAAUGAUCUGGACAAGGAUUCAGAAGAAAAUUUUACAGAAUCUUUUAGUGAACUUGAUGGUGAAGAUCAAUUAAGCCUAGAAGAUAUUUCGAAUCUUGAUGCACCAGAAAUCAUUAAUGACCUUGAUGAAAUAGUUAUGUAUUCUGGUGUAGAUAUUGCAGAUGAUGAAGAAUUUAUAAAAGAAAAUUUUGAUGAAAACAAAGAAAGCAUGUGGGAUCCUCAAACUGCAGCUGAUAUUUUUUCCAUUGAAAAGAUUAAUAAUAAGAUUAUAGUGUUAUUAAAUGAAAAAAUUGAAAUGUGA